AUGAAGACUCCAGCCAACCUCGGUAACAGAGCAGGAGGAGCGCAGGAGCAGAGGGGAAGCGCAGGAGCAGAGGAGCGGCAAAGGUGGAGCGGAGGAGGAGAGGAGGAGGAGAGGAUGAGGAGGAGAGGAGGAGGAGAGGAGGGGGAGAGGAGGAGGGGAGGAGGAGGAGAGGAGGAAGAGAGGAGGAGGGGAGGAGGGGAGGAGGGGAGGAGGAGGAGAGGAGGAGGAGCGGAGGAGGAGAGGAGGAGCAGAGGAGGUGCAGAGGAGGAGGAGAGGAGGAGGAGGAGCAGCGGAGCAGCGGAGGGAGGAGGCUAA